AUGGAGUCCGAAGCCUCGAAGCGCCGCUCGGUUCGUCAAGCCAUCACUCGAAAGAGAAGUCUGUACAUGGACCCGGACACGGAUGACGACUUCGACAUUGCCGAUGCUCAGGAUUCCGCCAGCGAGCAUCUCCAAUCUCCAGAACCUCAGCAGAAACGACCAAAAACUGCGAAUGGACGUACCAGCAAGCCGUCUCCAAGAGAGACCAGAUCAGCUGCAAAGAGACCCGGCCACAAAAAGUCGCCACCCAAACGCAAGGGAAAACAUGCUUCUCGGCCGACGAAACAAGUCGCAACUGUGGCACCUCCGAUUCCAAGUGAUGGGAUAAUACCUAAGUGGGAUACCCUUCCCUAUGAUAUUCUGUUGCAGAUAUUCAGCUAUGCUUUCGCUGCCGAACUCGAGCACGAAACAGGUGGUGUCGCAAGCAGAAGAGUUAACCAUCCGAACACGUGGAUCAUGAGAACGGCUCGAAAGGUCUGUCGAGCCUUUUCAGAACCGGCUCUGACAGCUUUCUACAAAGCGCCAAAUCUGCUGGCAGCCAGAUGGUUGGAAGACUUCUCUACCAUCAUCAAGCAACCCAAUGAUCAGCACUUGUACUCAUACAACAUGAAGGUCACCAGCAUAGAAGUAUCUGCCCGCAACUUGGAAUCCUUCGCUAGAGUGUCCUCGUUAUCUUUCGCUGAAACCAUAUCGAAAUUGCCACGACUCUCCUCGUUGAUCAUCACGCAUCAGUUGGACGAACCACCAUAUGAGUACGAAGGUCGACUGCCGAAAUGGAAAUAUCCUCCGGAACUCUUUGAGGCGCUUGAUGGAAACAACAAUCAUUUAGACUGCUGGAGAUGGAACACACAUUUUGUCGAGCGACAAGACGGUAAAACUGAAUUUCAAAGUUUCACUGAAUUUAUAGCCAAGGUCCAACAGAGACCUUCUUUCCAAAGCUUGCGUCGUCUGGCCAUCUCACACCUUCCAAUAAAACCAGAAACACAUGACAUCGAGGAGGAGGCUGCCGCCGAACUUGCUUUUGCCAAUGUGUUUGCUGACUUACCCAACCUGGAGACGCUGUCUUUCGAAAGUUGUGAUCGUCUGUCUGAACACAUGUUACUCCACCUACCACGCACUCUCAAGACCGUCAAGUUCAUCAAUUGCAUGCCCCUCGAUUCUGACUCGCUGAUCAGUCUCUUGGACAACCAUGGUCAUUCAAUCCAAGAAUUGGUCCUUGAUCACAAUCCAUUCCUUGACCUCGCAUUCUUCACAAAUUUGCAAACAACUUGUCCACAGCUCAAGUCAUUGAAGAUGGACCUGUAUGACCAUCGAGAGAACCACUUCCGCCAUUUCGGAGAACCGAAAUAUGAAAACCUGUUGCUCGAGGACGAGUUUCCAACCUGGCCAACGACUUUGCAAACUCUGGAGCUUGUUCAUCUACAGAAGUGGGGUGCGAAUGCCGCACAGAAUCUCUUCCGUUCGUUGGUGGAGUCUGCUGAGUCACUACCAGACCUGAGAAGAUUGGUAUUGCAAGCUCACAUCAACAUUUCCUGGCGAGACCGAGCAGCGUUCAGAGAUCAAUGGAUUGAGCGUCUACGACGUGUCUACCAACGUUACCCACAAGACCCUGACACAAGACUCGCAUCGCUCAAAGCUUUCAGACAGUGGAAAGAUGCACAGGCUGCCAAAGCUGCAGCUGAGUCACGUCGCACCCUCAGUCACGUCGAGAUUAUCGUGCGAAAGCCUUCAUUAGUCUCUCAGACUUCUCAAGCUUCAGAUGACGAGCCUUUAGCCAAGCGUCGUGCCAGACGGGAGGUCAAGCCAGCCGUCCAACCACCACCUCCCCCUCCACCGGCCCAAAGCAAGGCUCGUGGCCGUCGCAAGCGUGGUCGCAGGGACUCUGAUGCCAUCUCGGUGGCCUCUGACGAUAACACCAAAGGAGGAGAAGAGUGGCGAAACACACCCGAACGCUUCAUUCAAGGCUUCUGUGAUGUCGUCGACGUUCGUAUUGACAACCAGCGACCACGCGAAGAGCAAUUCAAUGAGUCUCACUUCCUAGACUCUGAGGCUAGCGGUGAUGAAGAAUGGACAGAAGGUGCAGAAGUCAACGAUGAUGGAUAUGCUUGGUAG